CUAGUAGAUUUAUUGUUAUGAUUUCACUGCGAAGACUUUUAAUUUAUUUAUUUUUGUAUCUUUGUGUUGAUUCAAAACACAAAAAAGUCCUUGUAAAAAGUCACCAGCAUGGAAAGAAAAUCGUAAACUAUUUAGAAAAUAAGGACGUAAAAAGAGAAAGCCAUCAUAGAGAAACAACCGGAACAUGUUACGGAAGAAGACAAUCACCAAUAAAAAUAAAUUCCAGCAAAACGAAAAAGUUGAGUUGGUCUAAAAACAUUCAUUUCUCAGAAAAUUAUUAUAGUUAUCCAAAAAAAAUGCAUCUCAUUGUAAAAAGCAAUUCAUUACAUAUUGCUCUUAAUUAUGGUAAAAAAUCAAUACCAAGCGUUCAAGGUAACAUAUUAAAUGGAACUUAUAAAAUAAAUCAUAUUGUCCUUCAUUGGGGUGAAUUUAUCGAAGGUUCCGAGCAUACAAUUGAUGAUGAAACUUACAACAUGGAGGUACAAUUAGUUCAUAUAAACAAAGAGUAUAAAAACUUUGAAGAAAGUCUGAAGCAUGAGAAUGGAAUCUUUAUUUAUUCGACAUUAUUCAAGCUUAAUAAUAAAAAAGGCACAGCAGGAUUAGAACUAAUCGCCUUCCACGUGCCUUCAUUUUCAAUUCAUCCGAAAUAUAAACGUUUCAAAAUUGCACCGUUCCCAAUAAGUUGGUUAAUGUCCAGCUUUGAUAGUUAUUUUUUAUAUAAAGGUUCAAUAACAUAUCCACCAUGUGCAGAAGUCGUUACGUGGAUAAUAUCUUCGCAAUCACAGCCUGUUAAUACCGAUCAACUUCGAAGAUUUCGAAUGUUGUAUAAAAAGUACCCAAGUCUCAAACUUAAUAUUAGAAAUCGACAACCUUGGAAUGGUCGGACUAUUUAUAGAAAAAAUGUAAAUUAAAAUUGGUUUAAUUGUAAGGUUUAAAAACAAAAGUUAAUUAAACAUAUUUU